CUGACAGUCUACAUGAUGGCGACAGAGGUUCAGAGCGGCGACCUCGACAGUGCUACUUCUUCCAGCCGGCUCGAAGUUUCCAUCGACGGCCUCACCCUUAGUCCGGACCCGGAGGGUGAGCAGAGCCAGGCCGAAGAGCCGGACCCCGAGCCCGAGGAACCCGGGACCGAUUCGCCGGGUGCCAACGAAGGCGAAGGCGAAGAUGGAGAGUCUGCCAAAUCUGCCAUAGAGAGGAAAUGGGGCUUUUCCCUACAGGAGCUGUACGGAAUGGCCCUUAAAUUUUUCAAAGAUAAAGAUGGUAAGGCCUUCCACCCGACCUAUGAGGAGAAACUUCGGCUGGUGGCCCUACACAAACAGGUGUUACUUGGCCCCUAUAAUCCAGAUGCUUCACCGGAGGUUGGCUUCUUUGAUGUCCUAGGCAACGACCGCAGGAAAGAGUGGGCCUCCCUGGGUAACAUGGAGAAGGAGGAGGCCAUGGUGGAGUUUGUCAAGAUGCUUAAUAAGUGCUGUAACCUCUUUGCUCCCUACGUCACCUCACACAAGAUUGAGCGGGAAGAACAAGAGAGGAAAAGGAAAGAAGAAGAGGAGCGUCAGCGGCUGGAGGAAGAGGAGCGGGAGCGACAAAGGCAGGAGGAGGAGAGACGGAGGCUUGAGGAAGAGGAAAGGCUGAGGAGGGAGGAAGAGGAAAGGAGACAGGCAGAGGAGGAGAGGCUACGGAUUGAACAACAGAAACAACAGAUAAUGGCAGCUUUGAAUGCCCAGACAGCGGUGCAGUUCCAACAGUAUGCUGCCCAGCAAUAUCCGAACAGCCCUGAGCAACAGCUGGGCCUCAUCCGUCAGCUGCAGGAGCAACACUACCAGCAGUACAUGCAGCAGCUCUACCAGGUCCAGCUAGCCCAACAACAGGCGGCCCUACAGAAGCAGCAGCAGCAGCAGACUGACUCGAUGAUGCAGGCCACUUUGGAAUCCAAUAACUUAAACAGUGGUGAACCUGUCCCUGCCUCUGCAGCGGGACCAUUAUGUGCUGCUCCACCACCUGCUGGCGAGGAAGUCCCUACAGUCAAUGGAGGUCAGUCAGACUCGUACUCGGAGAGCAUGGACCGGGAGCCUGAGCCGGAGCCGGCAGAGGAGGUCUCAGAGAACGGGCCUCUAUUAGCGGACUCUCCACCGGUCAUAGCUGCUCCUUCUAUGUGGACGCGGCCACAGAUCAAGGACUUCAAGGAGAAAAUCCGGCAGGAUGCUGACAGCGUGAUCACGGUGGGGCGUGGCGAGGUGGUGACGGUGCGCGUACCCACCCACGAAGAAGGCUCCUACCUGUUCUGGGAGUUUGCCACGGACUAUUAUGACAUCGGCUUUGGGGUUUUCUUCGAAUGGACGGAUGCAGCCUCCGCUUCGGUCAGCGUGCAUGUGUCAGAGUCCAGUGACGAGGACGAGGAGGAUGAAGGCGAUCCUCCUAGUGAGGAGGAGAAAGCAAAGAAGGAGGCAGGGAAGCCCCAGGUGGAUGAGAUUGUGCCGGUGUACCGGCGGGACUGUCACGAGGAGGUGUAUGCUGGCAGCCACCAAUACCCCGGUCGUGGAGUGUACCUGCUCAAGUUUGACAACUCCUAUUCACUUUGGCGCUCCAAGAGUGUUUACUACAGAGUCUACUACACCAGAUAAGCCUGAAUACAGACACAGGGGGAGCCAAGGAGUGUGUGUGUGUUCGUAUAUAUAUAUAUAUGUGUGUGUGUGUGUGUGUGUGUGUGUGUGUGUUGGAGAUUGGUGCGAUGACGGCCUGUUUGUGUGCCUGUGUGAAAGAGAAAGUGAUACCAGAUUUAUUCUGGACAGAGCCACCAGAGGGCGACAAAGAGACACAUCUUGAGCCCUGGUUUGGAGAUUGGACUAAUAUGUAUGUACUGUAUGUGUAUGCGUGUCCCAAGAUGCACCCAUGCUAAGUCCUGUCAUCGAGCCCUUGGAAGAGGAGUGUGUAUCCAUGUUGUAUAUUCACCACCUGUCCUUGCUGCGCUCACAUAGACCAUGCUGUAGGACUUUGCUCUCAUAUUGUAUUUUACCACUUUUCACCCUGGGCUCCUCUCCUGUCAUCGCCCCAGCCCAACACUGUCCAGCGUGGCCUUGUGGCUGCUUCUGCCCUGAAUGACGCUUUCUUAACCAUGAACGGAAACCCGGCGAGUCCAGAGCUCUGAGCCAGCAUUUCCUGUUCGGUGGUACUGGUGGUUGUUAAUCCCACGAGAACACAGACAAUGUUGAAAAUCAAAUUACAUUGCUAAUGUACUCCAUAACACUAUGCCUUUGUUCAACAGAGAGCGUCUGGUCUUUGCCAAGUCUCACACACAUUAAAAACACCAGUGUACACAAUCUAAUCAUCCUUUUUGUUGUAAAAUUAGUCCGUUAUCCUCUACUCUUGCCAACAGGCAUAGAAGAAUACUGUCUGAUUGUGCACCAGAAGUAUGUCUCAGUCUUUUAAAUGGGGUUUACUGGCAGAAUUUAUGAAGGAAGAAGUCAUUCCGUUGUUUAGUCAGCUCCAAAUGAAGUUUGGGUGUUAAGAGAGUGGGUACAAAAUAACAUGCACAUAGAAAAGUAUGGUUGUCAAACAUCUCAGUGUGUGAUACAGAAUAAGAAGUUUAAAAAUAAAUGAGUUAAUAAAUAUUUGCUUUUCCUUUCUCCUAGAAAUUCAUUUUGUAUCUAUGGGAUGUUAUUUAAUUUUUGUCUCACUUCUUUACAGUUUGUAUGGUUACUCCACAUGACGGAUUACGUUACAUCGUUAGCUUUCCAGAUUGUUUGCUCACCACUUCUUUAUCAAAGAAACUGAGCUAGUAUUACAGGGAUGGGAUGUUAUGUUGAUACAACUUGGGAGGGUUUUUUUUGAGUUGUUCUGUGUGUUUGGAGAUGCUGUACCCAGCUCUGACACACAAGAAAAUCAAAGUUCAGAACCACCAAUGUUUUGGCAGUCAUGACACGCGGUUACAUCUCUUCAGCGCUCACAAAUCAAAAAUCCAUAACCCUGAAAACACAGUGUUGCUAUGCAGUUGAUUUGUUCCUGGUAUGAAUUAAUUCAAAUUGUCAUCUCAAAUAUGGUAUUGUGAAUAAACUGAGAUGAUAUAGACUUAAUAUUGUGUCUUGGAUGAUGUGCUUGCUUACUAACUCAGUUCUGUCAUCUAAAUUUUUAAAACAAAUUUCAUCACCACAAUAAAGUUUGCUCAGCUUCAUGAUGCAUUUCCAUCAUUUGAGUACCUACCACUCAUGUGCAUUAUCAGCAGUGCUGUAUGAACUGUGUUCCGUCUAAUGGUGGUUGCUGAAUGGGGAAUGUGUUUGGUGGGUGUCAGAUAUUUUUGGUUUCACUUGUACGUUUUUAUGUGUGUAACCAAACCUGAAAGACAGAGAUGAGUAACUUGCAAGUUGAGCAAAGUCCUUUCUCUGUGUUGAUUUGUCAAAUUAUUUAAUAAAGAGGUCGCUCCUGCCUCCAGUCAGUGAUUCGUGUAACAAAAUCUCACUACCUAUGGCUUAACCAAGCUGUACAAGUACAUGGAAGUUCCCGUAUCUUUUGACGUGUGAUGUUUUCUUUUUCUUGAGUUUGUUGUUACUCACCAAACAGUUUGAGUUGACUUGUUCAAGCCUUUUAUGUAAAUAAUUCUAUAAAUGAGUUUAUGUAUGGGUUUUUAGAUGUGGAAGAUGGCUAUGGUUUUGAGAAUCAAUGCACUGUAAAGUAUGGUGAAUGAGAUAUAUGUAUACAUUUUACCCUGAAUGAAAGUCCAAAAACUUGUAGGAGAUAUGAAACUGUAAGAGUCUGACAGAAACAGAAAUGCUCAUCUUUUUGUAUUGUUUUCACUUGUUUGGAUCUCUUAUGAGUCAGAAGAUGAUCUUUUUGGGCAUAUAUUUAAUCUUGAUUAAACUUAUGUUCAUCUCGAGGACUGUACAGUU